AUGGCAGCUCUAGUCGCAGAGGAGCCAUUACAAACUCAAAGUAUUUUACCGAAAGAUAUUGAAGAUGAAAUAGGUCAAAUUAAACUUUUUAAUAAAUGGAAUUUUGAAGACGUAGAAAUAAAGGAUAUAUCAUUAACGGAUUAUAUUCAAGUUCGUCAACCUCAAUAUCUUAAUCAUACGGCAGGGAGAUAUCAAGUAAAAAGGUUUCGGAAGGCACAAUGUCCUAUUAUUGAAAGAUUAACGAAUUCUCUUAUGAUGAAUGGGAGGAACAAUGGAAAAAAGCUUAUGGCGAUGCGGAUAAUUAAACAUGCUUUCGAAAUAAUACAUAUAUUAACAGACCAAAAUCCAAUUCAGGUUGUUGUAGAUGCUAUUGUGAACUGUGGUGUUCGAGAGGAUUCUACUAGAAUUGGAUCAGCAGGCACAGUUAGGAGGCAAGCCGUCGAUGUUUCCCCAUUACGUAGAGUUAAUCAAGCAAUUGCUUUGAUUACAAUUGGGGCUAGAGAGGCGGCUUUUCGAAGUAUAAAAACUAUUGCAGAAUGCUUAGCAGAAGAAUUAAUCAAUGCGGCAAAGGGCUCUUCUAAUUCUUAUGCAAUAAAAAAGAAAGAUGAGCUAGAACGUGUCGCCAAGAGCAACAGAUAA